AGCCCCGCCCCCGCCCGCCGGCCCCGCCCCCGAGCUCUUUUCCUGCCAGCCUGCGAGCUCCACGCAGACCUCCCGGUUCGACAGGCGGCGCGGCGGCGAUAAAAUGUCGGUUCCAGGACCUUACCAGGCAGCCCCCGGGCCUUCCUCGGUGCCCACUGCGCCCCCAUCCUAUGAGGAGACGGUGGCAGUGAACAAUUACUUCCCAACGCCUCCAGCCCCAGUGCCUGGACCAACCACGGGGCUCAUGGCGGGCCCAGAUGGGAAAGGCACGAGUCCUCCUUUGUACUAUACCCAGCCAGUGCCUGUCAUCAACCCCAGUGCCAACGCAACAGUACAGACCGUCUUCGUGCAGCAGCCCGUGUCCUUUUUUGACCGUCCCAUCCAGAUGUGCUGUCCUUCCUGCAACAAGAUGAUCGUGACUAAGCUGUCCUACAAUGCCGGUGCCCUCACCUGGCUGUCUUGCGGGAGCCUGUGCCUGCUGGGGUGUGUCUUGGGCUGCUGCUUCAUCCCCUUCUGCGUGGACGCCCUGCAGGACGUGGACCACUACUGUCCCAACUGUAAAACCCUCCUGGGCACCUACAAGCGCUUGUAGGACAUGGCCAGGCGUGGAGGGAGCUGCGUGCUGCAGGGAGUUGCCCGAAUCUCAGCCAUCCCACCCCUGGGACAGGCUCAGCUCCAGUGGUCCCAUCUCUCCACCUUCGUGUCUUCUUUUGGGGGGAAAAUGUCGCAAAAGUCACAAACCUCCAAAUCCCAGAAAUUGCUGCUUGGAGAGAUACACGGGACUUGCAGAGACAUUGACCUUUGAGUGUGGGUUCAAGGGUUUCCUGCCUACCCACGACCCCAAAGCCACCCUGACUGUGACGUUUCCCCAUCUGAUUAUCCUCCCGUGAUUUGCCUUCCUGCCUCAGUGGGCCCUUUCUCUGGCCUCCAACUGAGAAGCCACAGUUUGCCUUAUUUCUGAGACUGUUGUACCUGGCCCUCGGCGGAAGCAGCCUGUCGCACUUGUCAUCUUGUCCUUCUCUUCCCGCCCCAUGACAAAAAUCUUGCCUUAGAGACUAUGGGUUUGGCUCUUAGAUUUUGUACUUGCAAACUUUUUUGGCACUCAAGCUCACUUUAAUUUCUUGAUGUUCUUGUAAGUGCAAGGAAGGGCUGUUAACUCCCACCAGACACAGAUCCGUGAGGUCAUAAGUGCAAAGUAAAAGAAAAUUAGGGCUGGAUUUUAUCAUGUUUGCCUUCCCUUGUUUCCUCAGCACCACUUUAUAUGAAGGGAUUUUUUUAUGGUUAAUAGUAUUAACCGCUUUCGUGACCUCCUUUUGAUCUUGAACACAUUUGAAGCUAAUUUGGAAAGGAGGGUUUUAUAGAAUUGUUUUCUGUAACCGUAGGAUGGGUAUCGUUUUCCCAUCUGUCAGUGUACUCUGUUUUUGUUGGGUUUAGGAGACAGGGUCUUGUGUUGUCCAGGCUGGUCUUGAACUCCUGGGCUCAAACGAUUCCCUCUGCCUUGGCCUCCCAAUUAGCAGGGGUUUCACAUGCUUAUCACCAUGCCUUUUCUUUUUUCCUUAAGAGAAAAAUAAGUGGAUAAUUUUAUCCAUGGCCUUUACAUGGAUUUAGGGUGGUUCUUAACAGCCUCUCAAAGUGGGGCUCCUUUGGGGUUCCCAGCAGAGCGAGGCGGGAAAGCCUGGUUGGGCCCGUCCAGGUGCUGACAGUGUGGGGCACCAGAAGUGUCUCAAAGGAAUCUAAAGUCUGAUUUUAUUUUUUCAGAGGUCCCCUUUGUUAUAUAACAGCAAUGUGAUUUCUGGGACUCAAACUGCAGCCAGAGUUCUAGGUUGGCUGCUGUGUCACUUUGAAAUCGAGACAGAGCUGGGCUCGCCUUUCUGGAGGCCCCAUUUUGAAACUCAACUGGCACAGGGAAUUUCUAUGAAUGAAUACUCGUGUAGAAAUCCAACCUAACCCUUGGACGAAAAUCUGUGUAUUGGCUGAAAUUUAUAACCAUUGAUUCAGCUUUGUUCACCAGUGUUUUGGAAGUGCCAGUAAUUAUUUUUGCAGUGAAUUAUGGAUACCAUAUAAUACUUUGGUGUUAUCUGCUUUUCAAAAAAUAAAAGUCUUUGGUUCACUCUGAACUAUUUAUCAA